AUGGCGGACAUAUACGCGAAUGCCCUGCUCAACAUCAUUGCUGCCAGCGGCAAAGACUCUCACGCCGGUUUGCCUGAAAGAGAUUACAAUAAGAACAUCGACAUACGAGGAAGGAAUAUCCCUCUUGUCUACGUUGAGCCAUACAUCAAGCCGAUUUUCAAACUUUACCUCGGACACGACAUGGUCCUCUAG